AUGCCGUCACGCAGCCUCCGCGCUCCGGCUCGCCCGCCGGCGGCUGCCUCGGCUGCUCCUGCACUUGCAGCCACAGGCACCCCCGGGGUACGCCCAGACCCGCCAGCUCCGGAGGCGGCCGGCGCGGAGCCCAGUGGCCCUCCCAGUUUUGCUGGCGGCGGCAGCCCCGCUCCCGGCUAUCUGGCUGUUGAUUGGCUGAAAGAAGCACCAAUUGAGAGCCCUCAGGUCGAGCCCUUUGAAUCGGCAGGGGAGGGGGUGGUUUGUGUGCGGCGCACUACUUGUAGCUGCCGAGUGGGGGCGCUGUGGCUUGGCGCUGGUUGGCUCCUGCCCGCCUGGAGCAGGCCAGCGGAGCUGGGGCUCGCUGCUUGGUUGGCACCGUACCGGGCCGGCACUACCGCUGACUCUCGCUCGCUUCACUGCGACCCCGAGAAAGCCGUGGGGCGCUCUCCCUGGAACAACUGGGACAUUCCUGGGCUGUAUCUGGACACAGGCGACCCCUACCUGCACAGCUACAAAAUGAAAAUAAUCUUCCAGCCUUCUAGGCCAGAAAAUAGAGCAAGCAAUGCAGAGCUGUUCAGCAGAAGGACAAGCAGGGCUUCUCUGUUGACUAUUGAAGGAGGUUCAGCUGGAUCACUCUCCGUCACAGCAGAUGUGUGUUAACGCUGAGGGCGAAGAGGGUUUGGGGAAGGAUCUUGAUUCUCGAGGCGACGGCGGCAUAGUCCAUCACCUGCGAUAGAAAAAGUUCCUCACAGGUUAAGCCACCAAGUCCUGAAGACGGCUCUGCAACCCCGCGCAGCGCGGGGACAGCACAGCGGCCAACACUCGCCGGGACGCGCGGGACCGCCGCCUGCCCGCUGGGCUCGGCACUUUCCGCCACUCUCCGUGUGCUGUCGGGCGGCUUCGGCCGGUCCCGCCUCUCCUCGGCUCCUCUCGGCAGUUUCCGCUCGCGGCUCGCCC